AUGGUCCAGUGUGAUACGUGUGACGCGUGGCAUCACAACAUCUGUGUUGGAGUAUCCGAUGAGGUCAUGUACGAUGGUUGGCUCUGCCCGAAAUGCGAGUCCGCGAAGGCAGCCCAAACAAAGAAGAAGACGAAGAAGGAUGCUCAGCAGAAGAAGACCAGCAGCACGAAGGAUAAGAAGCCCAAAAAAGAGGACAAAAUCUCCAAGGACCAGAAGAAGGUGGCAAAAUCGGAUAGGCAAACGAGAGGGCGCAAGAAGGCAGACGAAACUAAGCCAGCAAAAGUAGAAAAGUGCACAAAGCACCAGAAAUCAGCGGUGGAAAAAAGAUCGCCGAUCGAUGCAAGGUCGAUUGUGUCCGGCACAUCGCGCCGGUCAGAGAUGACUGUUUUGGAACUGCAGUUAAAGAAGCUGGAAGCGGAGCAGACACUGGUUGAAGAAGAGAUGCGGAGGAAGAAGGAGAUUUUGCAGAAGAAGUUUAGCGUGCUGGAACAGAUAGCCGAAGCAGAAGAACGUCGAAGCGAACGCGAGAGUAUCGGUGGGAAGCAGCUAGAUUCAGUGUCCAAAGUGACAUCGUGGCUUGGUGGGCAUGCAUCGGGUAGCCAGCGUUUGAGCAAGUCAACGAGCAUCCGAUCGCGUAAGAAGUCAAUGAGUAAUUCCAGCAGUUCGAGUUCGUCGAAGUCCGAAAGCUUAACAACAAGCAGUUCGGAAUCGAGCUCGCAAUCCACCGCGUCAGAAACCAGUAGUGCUGAGUCGACCAGUUCGGAAGAGGAAAGCGGGCAAAAGAGUCCGUCGGACGGCAGCUCGAGCUUGGGAAAAUUGGAAAGAUUCAAACCAAAGAAGAAGUCCACUCCGAAGAAGAAAGCAACAUCAAAGAAGAAAUCGGCAAAAUUUAGCUCAAGGCGUCAGUCCAAAACAUCCAGAAACCCCAGUAGCCUCACACGUGACCAGAUAGCUGCCCGGCAAGUUGUCCCGCGUGAUCUGCCGAAAUUCACGGGAAACCCCGAGGACUGGCCGAUGUUUUUGUCAACGUAUGAAAGUACGACGAAGAUGUGCGGCUAUACAGAUGAGGAGAACAUGAUACGGCUGCGGAAUUGUUUACGAGACGACGCACUCAACACCGCUCAGAACUCGUUGAUGCAUCCUUCGACUGUGUCGAAGGCGAUUGGGAUACUGAAGCUGCGAUUCGGACAGCCCCAAAUGAUCAUCAACUCCCUGAAGGCGAAGGUGUUGGGAAUGCCGGCGAUCCAAGCGGAUGCGAUGGACAAGCUGAUCGAACAUGCGCUGGCGGUACAGAAUCUGUGUGGCACAAUCGAAGCAUGUGGAAAGAACGAGUACAAGCGAGACGUGACAUUGCUUAGUGACCUGGUGGGUAAACUGCCACCCACGCUCAAACUUGAUUGGGCGAGGUACCAGAGAGGAGCAAAGAAGGUGAACCUGUUCGUCUACAGCGACUGGAUCUACGCAAUUGCCGAGGACGCUUGCCUAGUCUACAACGCACCGGGAACCAGCAAGAAAAACGAUCCCAGUGGAAACGUUAGAAGCAAAGCAUUCGUGAACACGCACUCCGAUCAUUCGUCGCCGGAAGUACCCAAACAGACGACGCUCGACCCUAACCGCAGGGUUAACAGGAGCGAAGGGAGUUCUUCUGGAUUGAACAAAUGCUGCCCGAUUUGCCAGGGUGAAUGCAAGAGUGCUGCUAAAUGUUCAAGAUUUCUUGAGCUGUCAUACGACGCAAGGUGGUCGGCAGUGCGAGAGCUGAAGAUGUGUCGCAAAUGUCUCAGACAACAUUACGGAAGCUGUGACGCCAAACCUUGCGGGAAAAACGGCUGUACCUUCAAGCACCAUGAGCUUCUACACAAGGACCUGAGAAGUACGGAUGAACCAAAACAAAGCUCUAGUGGGCCCACUAGAGAGGAAAGUAACGUUAACACUCACCUGUCAAGUUCUGGCGCUAGAAUGUUUCGCUACCUACCGGUGACGUUGCAUGGACAAGAGAGGAAAGUUGACUGCUACGCAUUCCUCGACGAUGGCUCGGAGCUGACCUUGAUUGAUCAGGAUCUGGUGGAGGAAUUGGGAGUGUCGGGAACCUCAAAGCCGCUUUGCCUAAAGUGGACCGGAGGAACACAUCGCUACGAAGCCGAUUCGCGCAGCGUUGACGUCGUAGUCAGCGGUCACUCAAACCAAAAGUUUAACCUGGACGGCGUUCGCACAGUCAAGGAACUGAAGUUACCUAUUCAAUCGCUGGACGCAGCUAAAUGGAAGUCAAGUUUCCCACAUCUUCGCGAUAUCCCUGUAGCCUCGUACGAGAAUGCCCAACCACGCUUGUUGAUUGGCCUGAAACACGCCAGUGUUGCGCUCGUCCGCAAAAGUCGCGAAGGCAAAGAAGGCGAACCGAUUGCCGUCAAAACACGCCUUGGAUGGACGGUCUACGGCGGUAGCAGCAAUCCAGUUCGGGAGGACAACGCGUAUCCAACGUAUCACGUCUGCGAGUGCAAUCCGCCGUUUGACGAAAGUUUGCAUCAAGCUGUAAAAAACUUUUUUAGUAUCGAAAGUUUGGGCAUCUACAAGCCGGACAAGUUGAAAGUUUCAAAACAGGAAGAGCGGGCGCAAACACUUCUGCGGAAGCUGACACGGCUCGAUGGCGAACGGUACGAGACGGGGUUGUUAUGGCGCUACGACAAUGCUCGCCUACCAGACAGCAAACCGAUGGCGAUGCAACGAUUGAAGUGUCUGGAAAGGCGACUGGAGCGCGACCCGGAAUUAGCUCAAGUGCUUCACGAAAAAAUGUUGGAUUACAAGGAGAAAGGUUACAUUAGAAAGCUGUCAGCUGAAGAACUCGCAGAACAGCGGCAACGGAAGUGGUACCUACCUAUCUUCCCUGUGGUUAACCCUAACAAGCCUGGUAAGGUACGCAUAGUCUGGGACGCAGCAGCGACCGCACACGGCAUCUCCUUGAAUUCAAUGCUACUAACGGGCCCGGACGAGCUGACUUCCCUACCUGCGGUUCUAUGCCAGUUUCGUGAGCGACGAGUUGCCAUCUGCGGAGAUAUUCGCGAGAUGUUUCAUCAGGUACGCAUUCGUCCGGAUGACCAGCACUGCUUGCGUUUCCUGUGGCGAGAACGACCCGACGAAGAACCCAGCACUUUCGUGAUGCAGGUUAUGACCUUCGGCGCCUGCUGUUCGCCGAGCAGCGCACAGUUCGCUAAGAACCAGAACGCAGAAAGGUUUCGUGAGCAGUACCCUAAAGCGACAGAAGCUAUUAUCAAGAACCAUUACGUGGACGACAUGUUAGCGAGUGAGGAAACAGAGGAAGCUGCAAUCGAGCUGGCGGAGGCUGUGCGGCACGUGCACGCAGAAGGAGGGUUUGAAAUAAGAAACUGGCUGUCCAACUCACCCCGUGUCCUGACUGCGUUGCAGGGAGAAAACGUUGUGCAAAAGGAUCUCAACUUGGCACCAGAGUUGGCAACGGAAAAAGUGCUGGGAAUGUGGUGGGACACGUCCAAGGACUGCUUCACGUUCAAGGUGUCCAGGUUACGAUUCGAUGAAGCUCUGCUUAACGGAACUCGUCGCCCUACGAAAAAUGAGGUGCUGAGCGUGCUGAUGUCAAUAUUUGAUCCGCUGGGGCUGAUUUCCAACUACCUGAUGCAGCUGAAAAUCAUUUUGCAGGACGUUUGGCGCUCUGGGGUCAAGUGGGGCGAGCAGAUCAAAGACAAACAGUUCGAAGCAUGGAAAAGUUGGGUCAAAUUGUUACCCCUUUUGGAAAAAGUCAGCGUUCCACGUUGCUUCCGUCAAGAAAUUUCCGCAAAACCAGAAGUCGAUGUUCAAUUGCACUGUUUUGUCGAUGCAAGCGAGAACGGAAUGUCUGCAAACGUCUAUCUACGAUUCGAGGAGGAAGGCAAGGUUGAGUGUGCAAUGUUUUGCGCCAAGACACGGGUCGCACCGCUGAAAUUCCUGUCAAUCCCAAGGCUGGAACUCAUGGCUGCCGUCAUUGGAAUUCUCGAAAUGUUCUUGCGUGGCUUCGAUCAGAUCACCGCCGGUACAGCCCAUUCGUAG